AUGCCGUUGGAUGAAGAGGGUGCAAAAUGGUCCUGUGAACCAUGCAUUCGCGGUCACCGAUCUUCAAAAUGUCAGCACUUCGACAGACUAAUGAUGAAAGUCCCCAAAGCCGGUCGCCCUUUGGCAAAAUGCCCACAUCCAAAGGGAUCAUGCAGCUGCCAGAGAACUUUUUCGAUGAUGAUCCGCAUUCCCAAAGGUACUGGUUGCGUCUGCCGUCCUAUCGAUACGCCAGAGGAAAAUUCUCCUCGAAAUUCAGAGCCUGCCAGUGCUACUCGUGCUUCGCUCUCCUCUCUGACUACAUCGCCGGCCUCUUGUAAAAUUCAAAAACCGGGCAGACGACAAAGCAGCAUCCAGGCCGUCCCCGAAAACAUUGCCCGAGCCCUUGAAUCAAUGCCAGUCAAUAUCAAGUAUGACGAGGACGCGAAAGAAAACCCCACUUCUCUUUUGUCUUUUCCCUUGGACCACAAAGUGUACACUCAUAAUUCCUACCAAGCCAUGCAUGCCCUUCCAGAGGCAUCUUACACCCCGCAGCAGACAAACGGAUCGAGCUGUUGCUCUAAAAAGCCCCCCCCUCCCCCAGUUGCUUCCAGUGGAGGGGGAUCUUGCUGCAGUGGAAAGGCUAGCAGCGGAAAAUCUGGCCCACAACCCACGCCCUCUAUUGUUUCUAAUGUGCCUGAGCUGCAUCAAGAACACCAACAAGGUUACCAACAAGGUUACCAGCAGCACUCACAGGAACCAAAUAAUUGGAAUGGCACGUCCUACUCAAGUUUCACGCCAGCUCAGAUGGCAUGGCGUAACCCUCUGCCUUCUGCUCAGCCUGCCCAGGGACGGUUCAUGCAGCCCUAUGGAUUACAAGAAAACAAUGUACCCCACGCCUACAUGAAUGGUUUCUCGCAAAGUGGCCCUUCUGAUGUGCACUCCCAUGCCGCGAACGGUCUCGGAAUCCCGCCAAGCUCUAUGUCGUCUUACAAUUCUACACCGUCUCAGAAUUCGGUUUACACCCCUACCAAUAUGAGUGGUGAUCCGUCUCAUGAUUGUCAAUGCGGAGAGGAGUGCCAAUGCUUGGGAUGUGCAGCUCAUCCUUUUAACAAUACCACUCGCCAACGUGUCCAGGAAAUGGGUGAAAUGAUGACCAUUGGUGGUGGAAACUCAGCGAUCGAGAUGUACCAGUCCCCAACGAUGCAGGGUAAUCACAAUUGGGGGCACUUCAAUUACCUACCUCAGGGGCUGGACCACAGCCAGAGCAUGCAACAGCAAACCUUCGACCCAUACUCGGACCAGUCUCAUGUGACCCAAGCGUCGAAUUUCCCACGCCCAUAUACUUCACCUGUUCCAGUCGGCCAGGUCAUGAACGAGCAGCUGAUGCACACCUCUGAAUACUACACUCUGGAGUAUCCGGUAGGAAUCCCUUCAGCUUGCUCAGACGUGACAGGCAGUUGCCAGUGUGGCAAUGACUGCAGCUGUGUCGGCUGUCUGACUCAUAGCGGCCACAAUGGGCUACCGCUUGAGGCUCCUUUGCAAGAGCCCGCACUCCCUAUUCACAGCAAUGAUGAUCUCGUCUCAUCUGGUGAACAGCUACCUGCGACAAUUUCUAGCAUGCAAACCUCUCGCAUCCCGGUACUUGAGAACAUAUCAGUACCGUGUCUAAGUCCGCGCACACUGGAGACAUCGAUGAUUUAA